AUGCUCCUGACGGCCCAAUACACCUUUCACAUCAGCCCAAUAUACACCAUUAAAUUCUCGACGUUACUUCCCACCUGCUUCUUGGUCGAUGGAGAAAAAUCAUACGUACUCGUCCAUGGAGUAAAUGCCCUGUGGGUUGUGUCUGGUGUUCCUCUCCGCUCGUCUGCUCCCCUUUCCACACGCUGAACUCCCCUUCCUUCCUUCGUUGACUCGAUCUCGAGACCUGCCCCUGCCGGAUCUGAUGAUGGAGCCGGCGGGAGACUCUUCCCUGGAGGCCGCGAUUGCAUGGCUGGUGCAGACCAUCCUUGCGACUCUCUUGAUGGACAAGAUGGAAGCCUGGAUUCGACAAGUCGGGCUUGCCGACGACGUUGAGAGGCUCCAGCGCGAGGUGGAGAGAGUCGAGAUGGGGGUGGCUUCUGUGAAGGGGAGGGCGGCUGGGAACAGCCCGCUGUCCCGGGCUCUCGCUCAUGUCAAGGAGCUUCUCUACGACGCCGACGACGUGGUCGACGACCUCGACUACUACAGGCUCCAACAGCAAGUCCAAGGAGUUACGAGUGAAGAGCCUGACGGUAUGCGUGGAGCUGAAAGAGUGGAUGAAAUAUCAAGGGGCCAUGUCGAUACACUGAAUGUCAGCGUUGGCAAAUUACGGUCCGCGGUAUGGGAACACUUUACGAUCACAGAAACUGUCGACAGGAAGCGUUCAAAAGCCAAAUGUAAGUACUGUAGAAAGGAUUUUAAUUGCGAAACGAAGACAAACGGGACUUCAUCUAUGAAAAAACAUUUGGAGAAAGAGCAUUCCGUAACUUGUACAAAGACACCUGGAGCCCAUCCACCAAACCCUUCAAGCACCGACAAUGCUAUUGAAAAUGCGACGCUUGUUGAAGUUGGUAGUUCGUCCAACAGAAAAAGAAAGAGAACGAAUAAGGAGCCAGCACAAACCACCGCAGAUAACACCCGUUGGGACAAGGCUGAGUUAUCCAAUAGGAUAAUAAAGAUUACUAGCCAGUUACAGUUACAGGGUAUCCUAUGGGCUUUCAGUAAAGUUCUUGAUCCACAUGGGUCUAGCUCUGCUUCGAGUUCAAAUCAUCACCAACCGAGUACAACCUCAAAUCAGCACGCAAAAACAUCAAGUCUUGCUCCAAGGGAAGUGUAUGGCAGAGUAGCAGAAAUGAACACCAUCAGAAAUUUAAUAGCAGAAAACAAAUGUGAUGCUCUAACUGUUCUGCCUAUUGUGGGCAUUGCUGGUGUUGGCAAGACAACUCUCGCUCAAUCUGUAUACAAUGAUCCACGUGUAAAAGGUCACUUUCACCACAAGAUAUGGGUUUGCGUGUCCCGCAAAUUUGAUGAAGUGAUGCUCACAAGGGAGAUGUUAGACUUUGAAAGACAUGAGGGAUCUCCUCAUAAAAAUGGAAGGCAUGAAGGAAUUAGCAGCCUUGCGAAGCUUCAGGAGAUCUUGAAGGACAUUAUCGAGUACCAGUCAAAGAGUUUUCUGCUUAUUUUAGAUGAUGUAUGGGACAGUAUGGAUGAUCAUCAAUGGAGAAAACUGGUGUGUCCUUUUGUAUCAAGUCAAGCAAAGGGUAAUUUAAUUCUAGUCACAACCAGAAAUUUGUCAGUUGCACACAUGUUAGGCACACGUGAGCCGAUAAAGUUGGGUGCUUUGGAAAAUGAUGUUAUGUGGUUGCUGCUCAAGUCAUGUGCAUUUCGUGAUGUGAAUUACGAAGGGAACCAAAGUCUAAGCAUUGUCGGGAGGCAAAUAUCAGAGAAGUUAAAGGGAAACCCACUAGCAGCAGAAACAGCGGGGGCACUAUUAAGGAAGAAAUUUAGCAUUGAUUAUUGGAGAAUCAUUCUAAAGAACGAAGACUGGAAAUCCAUGGAGCUGGGUAAUGGAAUCAUGGCUGCUCUAAAGCUUAGCUAUGAUCAACUUCCCUACCAUUUACAACAAUGUUUCUCAUAUUGCUCCAUAUUCCCCGACAGUUAUCAGUUUCUUGGUGAGGAGUUGGUGAGUUUCUGGAUGUCACAGGGAUUUGUAAAGUGCAACAACUCUAGUCAGAGAUUGGAGCAGAUAGGACAGUGCUAUCUGAUUGAUUUGGUUAACCUAGGCUUCUUUGAAGAAGUUAAAAGAGAAGAACCAUAUCUGGGUUGUCAAGUUAUGUAUGGCAUAUGUGGUCUCAUGCAUGAUUUUGUGAUUAUGGUGUCAAGGACUGACUGUGCAAGUAUAGAUGGUCUGCAGCGCAACAAAAUGCCUCGAACUCUACGACAUUUGUCAAUAGUAACUGGAUCCGCGUACAAGAAAAAUCAGCACGGAAACAUUCCUCGUAAUAAUAAGUUUGAAGAAAAUCUGAGAAAUACAAUUACAUCAGUUAGCGAGUUGAGGACAUUGGUGUUACUUGGGCAUUAUGACUUUUCCUUCUUACUAUUAUUCCAAGAUAUAUUCCAAAAGGCACAUAACUUACGUGUGCUGCAAAUGUCUGCAGCACCUGCUGAUUUUCUCAAACAUGGGUUUGAGGAGGUGGAUGGGUCUUUCCCUCAAAUUUUGAGCAAAUUGUACCAUCUCCAAGUAUUAGACGUCGGUUCAUACACUGAUCGUACUAUGCCUGGUUGUAUUGAUAAUCUUGUUAGCCUACGGCAUCUUGUUGUACACAAGGGAGUGUACUGUUCCAUUGCAACCAUUGAUAAUAUGCUAUCAUUUCAGGAACAACAUGGUUUCAAGUUUCAUAUUUCUAGUGGCUUUGAGAUAACACGACUCCAAUCCACUGAACAUUGGAUGCAUGUUGAUACUCUGGAAGAUGUUUAUGAGGCAGGACUGGUAAGCAAUGAACAAUCAGAAAAGUUGCACAUAGCCAUGGAGGGUGAGGAUUGGGAACCACAUUGGGACUUAACGGUUCUCAAGAUAUCUCUACUCCUAUAAAAAUGCGAGUUGGUGAUGAUGGUGUGCCUGCUUUGGUUCAUCGACGAUCAUCGGAUCUGCAUCCAACGAACACGAAGCAAUGUGUGGCAAAUUUUGCAAAAAACACCCCCUACUCCGUGAACAUUUACAAACAAGCCAUGUCAUCCCCAUCUCUCCGGUCAACAGCUCAACUCCAUCUCUCCCCCGAGGCUCUAACCGUCCGACCAUCUCCAAUCUCCAGGAAAGGGGGAAAAGGAGGCGCCACCGCCGGCAGCGUUGAAAUCGACCCGGUCAGAUGGCCGCUGCCGGCGCCGUCCGACCCCAGCCCCUCUCAUGCCUCCACUCAGCCUCAUUGCCCGCCGCCACCCCGACCACAUCCUCCCCGUCAUCUCCUCCGCCCCUUUCCCCGUCUUAUUGGACGCCGAUCUUGGCACGCAGGACGCCGACGCAUCUACUGCCUCCUCGCGUGCCGCAGCAAGACCACCGGCGACCAUCACUCCCACCUCUCCCUCCUCGCAAUCCCCUCUCCCCGACCAUGGCUGCACCGAUGCCGACCGCCGCAGGUACGCCGCCGACGCAGUAUGUUCCCGGGCGCCUCUUUUAUCGGCGGCGGCGCCACCCGCCGCUCCUUAUCCUUCCCUCUGACUUACUAUGCUUGGCUACUGGCCCUCCUCCACAAUCCUCGUCCUGCCCACCCGUGCCGCCUCCCAGAUUUAAAUUUUCUGUCACGCAACUUUAAAUCCGCGUGCCCAGGCCGAACUCUCUAGAAACCACUCUUGCAGCCCAAUACAUAUAUCAAUUUUUCUGUGACCCAGAGUUCAAAUUCGCGCACCAAUGUUGAGUUAUCUAGAAACUACCCUUGCAGACCAAUAUAAAGCAAAUGGGUAGGCAUAUGUGACUCACGUUGCCUCAAAUACACCCAAAGAAGCCACGCGCUGGUCACAACAAUCUUCAGAUUGAACGGACUUCACCUUCUGAUCUCCUUCGUCAAGGACCAAGUGGAUGACACCUGGGCCACCUUUCUGCACGGGCCCGCUGUUGCAGUCACAGCGAGCGUGUAUUCGUGCGUUCGGCUGGAAAAGAGUGGUGGGCCGCAGCUAUCGUGGGCUGCAGGUUGCGGUCAAAGCCUAGCCCCCAAUCCCCUUCCGUCCCGAGCCCCACGCCCCACGCGCCGCUCCAUCUCCGCCCGUGCCAUCCGCCGCCGCCGCUGCCGCCAUGCCUCUCCUCCUCCCCUUGGUUUCUCUCCUCUUCGAGCUGCCUCUCCUCCAGCCGCACCAUCGACCAUCUCCCUACCUCUUUCUCCUGCCCGCGAGACAGUGCCUUCCCACGUUCUCGAUCCGGCGUUGCCGUGCACGGUGGUUUCAGAUCGGGCGCAGGUCGCAGCCAUGGAAGUAAGGGGCGUGGUGGUUUCUGUGAUUUGUAUGGAGGAGCGGGGGAAGGUGAGGAUGACGGAUAGGUGGGAAGGCGCAGCAAGACUGGAGCUGCAGCGCUCGCAUCACGGUGGUGUGGAGCCGUCCAUCACUACCCAUCGACCCCAGUUUAGGAUUUGGUCUUUAAGCUACGAUUCCACAUCAAGAUUAUGUUCUCUGGAGCUAACCGUGCUGCUGUGCUGGACAGGCAGACGAGGGCCGGCCUGCUGCCGAUACAAGCCGUCGAGGUGGACGGCCAGCGCUAAAUCAUUUGCAGGUAUCUAGAGUUACAUUCCGGUGGCUGGGAUGCAUAUAGUUGUUGGCUGUAGUUCCUUCCAUUUGUCCGCUCGACGCGGAGAUUGACCCUCUAUGUAGCAUGCAACACUCAGCUGGGAAAUGCACUUAUAGGAACUAAUCACGUACUUUGCUGAACUCAGUCUGUUGUCCAGUUUCUGCAGACAUUUGUCAGCUGGCAAGAAGGUUGAAGGCACAUCGACUUGCUUCGAUUAAUUGGUGGAGCGGGCUGGACGACGCUGAAGUAGUCAUCUUCGUCGGCCCCGUCACUGCGUACGCAUACUCCUUCAAUUUUUUCCUCUUACUGGUGUUGUGAUCUGGAGAAGCUCAAGUAGUCAUCUUCGUCCAUCACGUCACUGCAUACGCAUACGCCUCUGAUUUUUGACUCCUGUACGUAUGUACAAUAUUUUGGAAUGCAGCUCAAAGGAAUAGGAACGUUUCCCGCAAAAAAAGGAAUAGGACUGUGCUCCUCCCAAAAGACAAAAGCAAGACAAUGCAGACAAUAAAAAUCCAGCACCAACAAUGAAUAGCCGGAGUAAACAAAACAAGCAGACCAAAUCGUGUCGGCCCUCGAGGAAGGGUUGCAGUGUCGAGGAGCAGCAGGCAUGUAAAUCUGAAUGCAAUUCAUGUCACGGUGGAUGGUUUGAGAGGAGGGAGGCAGAGCAGAGACAAACGGCGCAUUCCGUCAUGCAUCCCUUUGCGCCAUUGGCGCAACUGGUCAUCUAGUUUUUCUAAAUGAUGAUCCACAUGGCAGGUCCAGAAGAUACUCGAUAGGCUAUAGUAUGUAUGUUAUUCUGAUAUAUUAAUUGCAGCCAUUUAUCUUCGCAUUUAAGUCUGGUUUGCUUAAUAUACUAGAACGAAAUGAGCAUUGUUGAAUCAUUGGAUAAAAAGUAACAACAUAUAUUGUUUUGUUUUCUGUAGUUAUUUCAGGGAAAGCAGCAGUUUUGUUGCAAUAGUUGUUCUAAGGCUGUACAUGAUGAUAUGUACUGGAGAUUGCAGGCCGUGACGGUGAUUUGGGAGAUUUUGCAUGAACACAAUUGCCGCAUUUUUCACAAUUUGGAGUUGUCGGCUACUAUGCUUGCAUGCCUUGCCGUUGACAAGCCAAUGUUGGAAGGAGGCUGAUGAACCACACAUCAUUUUGUGAUAGUAAUCUAGCUUAGUGGUUCCCGGCUAUUCUAUCUUUUCUCAUCUGAUUUCCCUGUGUUUGUACAGUAUUCACUCCUAUCAAUGAAAUCAAUAGCUCUGUUAGGCUUAAGAAAAAGCUGUCUUGGAGCUCAGUUCAGCCCUUGUGAGAUAUUUGCACUGUAUGAACAAACUGUUGUGUGGAUGGAUUUUCUAUUUGUCGCA